UCGAGGCAGCGAAGAAGCGAGCGGACAAAAGGCGUGCUGUGCUGCUGGGAAACUCACUAAUGUGAUGAAUUAAUCAGCGACAAUAAUAAUAAUCAUUAUAAUUAUAGUUAUAAUAACAAUGUCUCGUUUUUCCGAUACCUCCAAUGCGGUUUAAGCAGAAAACUAGCUCGCGAGCCGGUGGAGGAGUGUUUGAUGGAGAGACUCGGAAAGAGGCGACGCGGCGGCGGAGGAAAAGUGCGAGGCGACGAGCGCGUGAACACAAAACCAUCCGGAGAGGAAUAAACGCCUGAAGAGAGAGAGAGAGAGAGAAGGAGAAAUAGAGGAGAAGAAGAAGGGGGGGGGAGAGAGGUAGAAAACGCCCUUCUCAACACCCCUCUCCAAAAAAGAGAAAAGAAAAAUCCCAACAUUGAGUUGUUUAUCAGGGGAACUUGAGCAUGGCGCGGCGGACUGAGUUGGGGUCCUGCCCGACUUUUCAAACUUAAUUGGAGGAGCAUUUCCGGUUGGAUUAAUCCACAUUUUCCCCGCUGGUGCUGGAGUGGGAGAUCCUAGAAAACCCUACAGGCCAAAGACGAGCUCCAUUUAUUGUUGUUGUUAUUAUUGUUAGUGUUUUUUUUUUUGUUUUUUUUUUUUUUUUAGGUGUGUGUGCGUGUUUUUGUUUUAAUGCAAAGUCCUCGUGCAGGGAUCUGACCUUGUUUAGCAUAGUCUAAUCUGAGGAUAUGAUCUGAUGAUGUCUUCGGGAGCCGAAAGCAGGAUGGAGAAGCGGCUGAAGAAACUGGAGGCCAUGAUCAGAGACCCGCGCUCUGCCAUCAACCUGGAAAGUUUGCUGGAUGCCAUGAGCGCCGUGGUUCUAGAUCUGAACUUUCCCGCCUUACGCAAAAACAAGAACAUCGAGACCUUCUUGAACAGAUAUGAGGCAGUAAUGGGUGAGAUCAGAGAUCUGCAGAUGAAGCCGGAGGACUUCGACAAGGUGAAGGUGAUCGGCAGGGGAGCGUUCGGAGAGGUGCAGCUGGUGAGACACAAGGCAUCUCAGAAGGUUUACGCCAUGAAGUUGCUGAGUAAAUUUGAGAUGAUCAAGCGCUCGGACUCUGCGUUUUUCUGGGAGGAGAGAGACAUCAUGGCAUUCGCACACAGUCCCUGGGUUGUACAGCUGUGCUGUGCGUUUCAGGACGACAGGUUCCUCUACAUGGUGAUGGAGUACAUGCCGGGCGGAGACCUCGUCAACCUCACUAGCACGUACGACGUUCCCGAGAAGUGGGCCAAGUUCUACACGGCGGAGGUAGUCAUGGCUCUGGACGCAAUCCAUUCCAUGGGCUUCAUCCACCGAGACGUCAAGCCCGACAACAUGCUGCUGGACCACAACGGCCACCUCAAACUCGCCGACUUCGGCACCUGCAUGAAGAUGGACUCGACAGGCAUGGUGCACUGUGACACGGCGGUGGGCACGCCCGACUACAUCUCACCCGAGGUGCUAAAAUCGCAGGGAGGAGACGGGUACUACGGGCGCGAGUGUGACUGGUGGUCUGUUGGAGUGUUUAUUUUUGAGAUGCUCGUAGGCGACACCCCGUUCUACGCCGACUCUCUGGUAGGGACCUACAGUAAAAUCAUGGACCAUAAGAACUCGCUGAACUUCCCCGACGACGUCGAGAUCUCGAAGGAGGCCAAAAACAUCAUCUGUGCGUUCCUGACGGACAGGGAGGUGCGUUUGGGACGGAAUGGCAUGGAGGAGAUUAAGAGACACCCGUUCUUCAAAAACGACCAGUGGACCUUCGACACCAUCCGAGACACCGCCGCCCCCGUCGUACCCGAGCUGAGCAGCGAUAUCGAUACGAGUAAUUUCGAUGACAUUGAGGAUGAUAAGGGCGACGUGGAGACGUUCCCUACACCUAAAGCCUUCGUAGGGAACCAGCUGCCCUUCGUGGGUUUCACGUAUUUCAAGGAAGACCAGUUGUUAAAUGCUUUCAACAGUUCAUCAGAACGUCCCGCUUCUGUCAAAGGAGAGGACAGUGUUGUGCUCCAGAAGAAGCUUCACUCUUUAGAGGAGCAGCUGAAUAACGAGAUGCAGGCCAAAGACGAGAUCGAGCACAAGUACAGGACGAGCUGCGCGCGACUCGACAAGAUCGCCAAAGAGCUUGAGGAAGAGAUGAGCAGUAGGAAAGCUCUGGAGUCGUCCCUCAGACAGCUGGAGAGAGAAAAAGCUCUGCUGCAGCACAAAAGCGUCGAGAGCCACAGAAAGGCAGAGAGCGAGGCAGAUCGCAAACGCUGCCUCGAAAACGAAGUGAACAGUCUGAGGGAUCAGCUGGAGGAGAUGAAGAAGAGGAACCAAAACUCGCACAUUUCCAACGAGAAGAACAUCCACCUGCAGAAACAGCUGGACGAGGCGAACACGUUGUUGCGGGCGGAGUCGGACGCUGCGGCUCGUCUGCGCAAGUCGCAGGUGGAGGGCAGCAAACAGCUGCAGCAGCUGGAGACGCACGUGAGAGAGCUGCAGGAUAAAUGCUGCCUGCUGGAGAGCAGCAAACUGACGAUGGAGAAAGACUUCAUCAGCCUGCAGGCGGCGCUGGACACUGAGAAACGAGAACACACACAGCGCUCCGAGACCAUCUCUGACCUGCAGGUGCGUCUGUCGGGUCUGCAGGACGAGGUGAAGCAGGCGAGACAGGCUCUGUCCAAAGCCGAGACGGAGAAGAGACAGCUGCAGGAGAAACUCACUGAUCUGGAGAAGGAGAAGAGCAACAAGGAGAUUGACAUGACGUACAAGCUGAAGGUCCUGCAGCAGAAUCUGGAGCAAGAGGAGGCGGCGCACAAAGCCACGAAGACCCGACUCGCCGACAAGAACAAGAUCAGCGAGUCCAUCGAGGGAGCGAAGUCCGAGGCGGUGAAGGAUCUGGAGCAGAAGCUGCAGGCCGAGCGUUCCUCAAAGCUGCAGGUGGAGAACCGGCUGCUGGAGCUGGAGAAACACAACUCCAUGUUGGACUGCGAUUACAAACAGGCGCUGCACAAACUCGAUGAGCUGUGCAGACACAAGGACCAACUCACUGAGGAGGUGAAGAACCUGACUCUGAAGAUCGAGCAGGAGGUCCAGAAGCGCAGUCUGACCCAGAACGACUUGAAGGUACAGAACCAGCAGCUCAGCACCCUGAGGACAUCGGAGAAGCAGCUCAAACAGGAGAUAAAUCACCUGCUGGACAUCAAACGCAGCCUGGAGAAGCAGAUCAUGGAGCUCCGAAAGGAGCGUCAGGAUUCUGACGGACAGAUGAAGGAGCUUCAGGAUCAGCUGGAGGCGGAACAGUAUUUCUCAACGCUGUACAAGACUCAAGUGCGGGAGUUAAAGGAGGAGUGUGAGGAGAGGAAUAAGCUUUAUAAAGACAUGCAACAGAAUCUGCAGGAGCUACAGGAGGAGAGGGACUCUCUGGCCGCUCAGUUGGAGAUCACCCUGACGAAGGCUGACUCGGAGCAGUUGGCUCGCUCCAUCGCUGAGGAGCAGUACUCUGAUCUGGAGAAGGAGAAGAUCAUGAAGGAGCUGGAGAUUAAGGAGAUGAUGGCCAGGCACAGACAGGAACUCUCCGAGAAGGACACCACAAUCAGCUUGUUGGAGGAAGCUAACCGAAUGCUAACGAGUGACGUCGCGAACCUGGCUAACGAGAAGGAAGAGCUGAACAACAAGCUGAAGGAGGCACUGGAUGACAUGCAGAAGCUGAAAGAUGACGAACAGUCCAUCACACAGAUGAAGCUCGCUUAUGAGAAGCAGCUGCAGUCAGAGAGGACUCUCAAGACACAGGCUGUGAACAAGCUAGCCGAAAUCUUGAACAGGAAAGAAGUGCGUGGCAACGGAAGUCGCCGCGGAAACGACACGGACGUGAAGAGGAAGGAGAAAGAAAACAGGAAACUGCAGCUGGAGCUACGAUCCGAACGGGAGAAACUCAACAGCACCAUCAUCAAAUACCAACGAGAAAUCAACGAAAUGCAGGCGCAACUAACGGAGGAGUCGGUGAUGCGUGUGGAGCUGCAGAUGGCUCUGGACAGUAAAGACAGCGAUAUCGAGCAGCUCCGAGGCCUCCUCAAUUCCGUCAACGCGCACUCGCUCGACUCGGCCAGCAUGAGCAGCGGCCCCGAGUUCGAAACCGACGAAUCGCUGCCAGAGACGCGGUUGGAGGGCUGGCUGUCUCUCCCCGUGAGGAACAACACCAAGCGCUUCGGCUGGGAGAGAAAAUACGUCGUGGUGAGCAGCAAGAAGAUCCUCUUCUACAACAGCGAGCAGGAUAAAGAGCUCUCCAAUCCCUACAUGGUGCUGGAUAUAGAUAAACUCUUCCACGUUCGUUCGGUCACCCAGACGGAUGUGUACCGCGCAGACGCUAAAGAAAUCCCUCGAAUAUUUCAGAUCCUGUACGCGAACGAGGGCGAGAGUAAGAAAGAGCAGGAAGUGGAGCCGCUUCCCAUCGGAGAGAAGUCCAGCUACAUCUGCCACAAAGGUCACGAGUUCAUCCCGACGCUCUACCACUUCCCCACCAACUGCGAGGCCUGCACCAAACCGCUGUGGAACAUGUUCAAGCCGCCUCCCGCCCUCGAGUGCCGCCGCUGCCACAUCAAAUGCCACAAAGACCACAUGGAUAAGAAAGAGGAGGUGAUCGCGCCGUGUAGAGUGAACUACGACGUGUCCACGGCGAAGAACCUGCUGCUGUUGGCGCAGUCUCAGGAGGAACAGCAGAAGUGGGUCAGCAGGCUGGUUAAGAAGAUCCCUAAAAAGCCUCCGGGCCCCGAGUGGAGCCACCGCUCGUCCCCUCGCGUCCCCACUAAAGUCCAGGCCAGCCAGUCGAUGAGGAGAACCAGCCGCCAGCUACAGGCCGGGAAAACCAGCUAACCUCACUUUGGGAAUGUGGUGUAACUUCGUGCUGAGGUUUGGGCUCUCCUGCUUUCACACCAAGAACUUAACAUUUUUGUAACGUUUCAUCGAUCCAAACUAGCGAGAAAACGUUACGUCGCCGGGUUUCGAGCGUCGCCCUGUAGGGACGUCUGUGAGGUUUUCCAGGACCUUUAAAAAAAAAAAAAAAAAAAAAAAAAAAAACCUGCAGAGAAAUGUUGGAAGAUGAGUCCCUCGGAGUCUUGGAUCUUCACCUUUUUUUUUCUUCACCAAACCAGAAUGCAAAGCACUCAGAUGGACUGAACCGGACCAAACGGACACACUACAAGAUUGUGGAGGAAUCUGUGCUAGUCAAGAUGUUCUUGGGAAGAAAAAAAAAACCAAAAAAACAAAGCAAUCUAUCCCCCCCCCCCCCCCCCCCCCCCCCCCAAUGUCCUGGAGAUAGGUGUGUGCCGAUAUUACAUGAUGAUGAACAUUUUAUCACGCUUUCACGAUAUCAUCACAAUGCGUCAGAGAAGGACUGAUUGUAUGGUAGCGAUGGUUUUUAAACUUUCUUUGAAGUCUUUAUUUAUAGGACCCAUGCGAUGUGUGCGAAAUGAGAACCUUAGAUUUUCAAAGGUACCCAUCUUGAAAAGGAACCGUGACAGGCCUUGAGAUAGCUAAGCAAAACAAAAAACAGAAUUGUAGGACCUUUAAGGGUUAUUUGGUUGUCCCUCUCAAAAGGGGUUUCAAGUAGAACCUUUUCGGCGAGCUGAAAAUCCUUAACGACAAAAAAUACAGACCUUCAGGAGCCCUUCAAAGGCAAACAUCUCAUGAGGUAGCAUUGUGACAGAUGGCACUCAGGUACACUCUAAGAAACUUUCGGACUUUUAAGGGUUUGUCAGAUAUUCCUCAUGAGAAAACAGUUUCCCCGUCACAAGGAGUUCCAAGUGGAACCUUUUAAGCAAGCUAAGAAGCCUUAAUUAUCGAGAAUAAGGAGCUCUAGGGGACUUGCGACAGGUAACCAUCUGAUGGGGCAACACUGGUAAACCCUGGUGGAACCCUGGCAGCCACUCAUAGGUACACGCUUAGAGAAAUAUCCUUUUGAAAUCUUCUCCACCGAACCUAUGAGUUACUCCCGAGGGACAAACUAAGAACCCUUAAGGGUUCUCCAUUUUCUAUCAGAGAUGACCCCAAAAUCGGACCCUCUUCACAAGCUAAGAAGCCUUAAUUAUCGAGAAUAAUGAGCUUUAGGGGACUCUCAAAGGUAACCAUCUGAUGGGGCAACACUGUGACGGAGAAGGAACCCUUGCAGAACCCUUAAGGUUUCUUAGUUUAUCCCUCGGGAAGAACUCUUAUAGGUUCUGUGUAGAAGAUUAACAGAAUAUCAGAAAAGUCCCCAAAUAGGACCUUCUUUCCAAGCUAAGAAACCUGAAUUACCAAGUAACCUCUGAAGAACCUUUUACGAAGCCUUUUUCCCCCUCACUAAGAGGGUAGUUCAUCAGGUAUCAUCUGAACAUGAAUCCAGAGCUUUUGUCUCGAGGAUAGAAUUGGGAUUGACCGCUCCAAGAAGGAGCGCCUGCAACGCCGCUCUCAAAUUUGGCCAGAGUCAUUUCCAGAGUCAAUAUCUUGAGUGUGCGCAAAUCCAAAAGCCAUAUUUUGAAGAGAACAGUAUUGAUCAAGAUCACGAUGUAUCGUAUGACCACUUCGGCACAUGCCUAAUUUCAUCCAGUGUGUAGCUGGAAGCACAUUUUAUACUAAGCUCUAUUGACGAGCUUUUUCCAUCCGAUUCCAAGAUGGACCAGUCCGGUCUGUGCUGCAUGGCCACCGUAACUGUCUCCAGGACUGUGGUAUUUGGUACUUUAACACUACGUUGUCGGAUUGAGAAUCACCCCACACACACACGCACACACACAAAUAUUUGUUUAUUGAAAAUGGAAUAGUGUGUUUUCUCUGCACUACGACCAAGCCUUACAGUGUUAACCACACCCACUCUUAACGGAGGGUUAGACUACUUAAACCUGUUCUCAGGGCAGAAUGUUCGCCAGCGACAGCAGUGUCUCCAAAGUCUUCAAAAUCCCACAUGCCGUGUUUUUUGUUCCGUUUCAAAAAGUCCGAAAACUAGCCGCGUCAUUAGAUUAUCGUGAACAAUAAUAACAGCUGUACAACAGUUAGCUAUAAUAACAAACAGACGAGUUUUUUGCGCAGUCGCUAUCCGCGAUCGUUUCAAGCGAGCGAAUUCGACUCCUCUGCGCCGACUGACUUUGUUGCUUUUGAGUUCGCGGUCCAGUACACUUCUGCCCACGUUUAAUUUAUUUGAAGUAGGCGUAGCUCGAUCUCGAUUAGAAUAGACCAAUAAAAGGAGUUAGUUAGUUACAGAUGUCGAUCCGUAGAUGCACAAGACGCAGCGUCACAAACGCAGUCGUUUUAAUUCAAGCGAUCGCGAUAACCAUGCGAAUUCCGUAAGCACACGAGACAUUCACGUUCUCAUCUUGGUUUGUAUCUCGCUUCCUCACGGGUUCGUUUCCCGUCAACAGCUUCAAAGAAUCCAGAAUGACGUCGGACCGAUGAUCUCGGCGCGAAGAACGAGUUCCCGUUAUAGCUAGAAAUCCGGCACAUCUCCGAGGACCCAGGACUCCGCCUACUGUCCGUUAUGUUGCUCGUCACGCUUAACCAAUCGAGUCGUUUCUGCCCCCGAGAACAGGUUAGGGUGAGUAAAACUCCCUCGAGCACUUAACACGCUCCCCCGUGAAUGUAAAGCCGACGCGGUCGACCGUUUUCACGUCUGCGUGAAGAAUAAAGGCCGGGGGGGGGGGGGGGGGGGGAGUACCGUUAUUUUAUUAUUAUUUUUUUAUCCUGAGAGGAAAAUAAAAAAUUUUAUUCUAAAAGUGUGCUUACUUUAUCUGGGAUUAGAUUUAAACCCAUAAUUUCAUUCCAGAUCUGAAAUCGUCUAUCGCACAUCCGCAUCUGUUCACCUCCGACUGUUUUGUGGUUCGAAGUGAUCCGAGUAUUUUUCUAUAGAGUUCACGUGUGAACGAAGCCGCGAGUGCCGUGAACGUGUUACUCAUACUGUACUAUUUUUUUUUAUUUUAUUUUUUAAACAGAGCUCCUAACGGUAAGGCACAACUAUCUAUAAACCUACACCGUCUAUCGGACACGCCAUCCUAGAGUCACGUGCUUUUUAUUUAUACUGGCCUGAGCACUUUUCAUGUUAAAGCGCCGCGUCCAGGUCUGCAUGUUUUAUAAAACGCUGUAUCGUUUGACAAAUAGAACGAAACCUGUAUGUAGCCUCUGUGGUUUGAACAACCUGUAUAACAUUUGCUUAUUUUUGUAAACAAUAAAUAAAAGUAAUCUAUAUAGCUGUGAAAUGUAGUUAUGGAAGUAAAGUUUUAAUAUAAAAAAAAAAAAAAUCGUCUUUUCAAAUUAUUUCUCCAUAUAUGUUGAGAUGUUUGUUUGUUAUUUUACUGAAGUGUUUUAUUCCCCUUACACCGUAGCAGUUUGCCAACUAUUAUAAUUUUAUUUGUUAAAAGAACGACGUAUUUUUUUUUUUUAAUCAGCUUAAUGUUCAUUCUUAUUCUCACUUACGUUAUCGAUAUAUCAAACCCCCCCCCCAACCCCCGCCUCUUGUCGUUGUUCACAGGAACAGGAAACCGUGUUUGUCACACAGAAUGGUUUCAGAUCAUCGUACGAAAUGAAAUAAAAGACGAGGAGGACAUGAGGACGUACGAAAUGCACUUUUCUCAGUGAUUAUUUAUUAAAGGAUGAAAGGUUAUGCAACACCUACAUCACUCACGUGAAAAAGUAAACAGCCCCUCGGGGAUUUCUGGGGGGGGUUUUUUUCGCGAUCGCGGAAACGGACGCAAAAUUUAUUCACAUUGCAUUCAUUCGUUAAUGUUUUUCUUUUUUUUUUCUUUCUUUUAAAAAAAAAUCUCUCCAUCAAGCGUGUAGAGUGUCGGAAUCUCGCCGCUUUCCCAAACUCACGACGAGAAGCGAUCAGCGAUGAACUUGUAAAUGGAUGUAAUGACAAUGAUAAUAAAACUACUGCAAAUUUUAAGAGUUUUUAAAAUCAUGAUGUGAAAGUGCUCACGUUUCAGACCAACAUAAGUGGAAGGAGUCUCCAGCGGCGGCGCUUUAUAACUCCGAGAGAGUGAGUCUGGUGAAGGAAGGAACGAAUGCUGUAACGUAAAAGGGGACAGGAACUUUUUUGGUUCCACGGACGUUCCACAACGUGAAAUGUGACUACAGAUGUAUGAAUAUAUGACGUGUCAUUCUUUAAUAAACAAAAUUGCAAUUGUUGGAAAACGGCUGUGAUAUAAAAGGAAUGAAAGCGUCGGGGUGCCGUUACAGGGACGGUGACGGGUAUCGGCGUGUUUUAUUCCUUACGUAUCGAGAAAACGCAAGUUUGAGGUUUUCUGCUAAAACAAGUUUAAAUGGUAUUCGCAGUUCAGGGGAAAGUACGCAAGGAUGGUCAUUUUUUCACCUCGAGUAAUUUAUAUUUUAGUGUGGUGAAAGUAGCACAGUGGUAAAAUGUCGUAUACAGUAUAGCAUAAUGUAUACUGAUACAUUUUUAUGUUCAAUUUGGCUUAAUUGUGUAGUGUUCGAUUUUUUAUUUAUUUAUUUAUUUUUACAUUUAUUAUUAUUUAACGCAAUUAAAUUACAGAAAUUACAUUAGAGUUUGCAGCAGAUGAAACUUUCAACAAGAUCAUCAACACAGAAAUCAGCGUUUUGUCAAAUGUAUCUCAUAAAACCCGGGGUGUGCGUUGACGAGGGCGUGUACGCACACACCGAGACAGAGAGAACACGACCCUGACCCGAGGAUAUAAAGGAAUGUUCUACGUGGAGGAGUGGACGCAGAGUCUGCUUCAGGCUUCAUUGAUUAUCGAUUGUAGGGGUGCCAAUAAUUUUGGGACCGCUGAAACCAUUUAAUGAAAACUCUGCUAUUUCUGUAAAAUAAUGCUGAAAAUGGUGUUCGUUGUAUGUGUUAUUUAGCUAUUGUUAACAUUUUUUGAUAAUCCCGGUAUCGACAAAGCGAGACAAUCUGAUGUGUGAGCCUUGAACUCGCUGGGGUCAGAGGCGAGGCUUUUACCCCUGACUCAACUUUUAAAAUCUGGAUUUUUCUUUUUGAAUAAACAAGUCUAGCAAGUGAUGAUGAUGUAAAGUGUGCAAUAAAGGUCUUGAACCUGUCUGGUUCUCUGUGGCUCA